GCAUCUCUCUCUCUCCCCCUCUCUCUCUCUCCCCGUUUACCUCUUCGCUCACGGGAAAGGACAAUUCCCAGCUAAAUAUAUUUCAUCGCCUCACACCUCGGCUGCCUUGUCAUGCCCGCUGUCAUACCGAUGCCCAGCGCCUGCGCUAGUCCACUGCGGCUGACGUCACUCCCAGCAUGGCGGUCAAGGUGCAAGCAACAAAAAGAGCCGACCCCCAUGACUUGAAGACCAUUUUCCUCAAGUACGCCAGCGUGGUGGAGGAUGGAGAGCAUUACAUGACCCCACGGGACUUCGUCCAGAGCUACCUGGGCCUGCACACACAGCCGCAGUACAACCCAAAGACCGUGGAGCUGAUUGCUGGCGUGGCCGACACCACCAAGGACGGGUUGAUCUCUAUCCAGGAGUUCCUGGCGUUUGAAUCCGUCCUAUGCGCCCCCGAUGCCCUGUUCAUAGUUGCCUUCCAGCUGUUUGACAAGACCGGCACAGGAGACAUCUCGUUCGAGAAUGCGCGCGACAUCUUCAGCCAGACCACAGUCCAUCACCACAUUCCCUUCAACUGGGACUGCGAGUUCAUCAGGCUGCACUUUGGCCACGAACGAAACAAGCACCUCAGCUACACCGAGUUCACCCAGUUUCUGCAGGAGCUGCAGCUGGAGCACGCCCGCCAGGCAUUUGCUCAGAAAGACAAGAGCAAAAGUGGCGCCAUCACUGCCUUGGACUUCAGCGACAUCAUGGCCACCAUCAGGCAUCACAUGCUGACUCCAUUUGUGGAGGAGAACCUGGUUUCUGCUGCGGGAGGCGGCACCUCCCACAUGGUGAGCUUCUCCUACUUCAACGCCUUCAACGCCCUCCUCAACAACAUGGAGCUGGUGCGCAAGAUUUACAGCACCCUGGCCGGCACGCACAGAGACACCCUCGUUACCAAAGAGGAGUUUGUUCACGCUGCCAAUAAGUUUGGGCAAAUCACUCCAAUGGAGAUCGACAUCCUGUAUCAGCUCGUCAGUCUCCACUCGCAUUCCGGGCGGCUGAACCACGCAGACAUCGAGAGGAUAGCCCCGCUGGAGGAAGGAGCCAUGCCGUACCACCUAGCAGAGGCCCAGAGACAGCACGCUCACGAGGCGUCCCGACCCGUCUGGCUCCAGGCCGCAGAGUCUGCCUACAGGUUCAGCCUGGGCUCCAUUGCCGGAGCCACCGGGGCCACGGCCGUGUACCCCAUCGACCUGGUGAAGACGCGCAUGCAGAACCAGCGCUCCACCGGCUCCUUCGUGGGGGAGCUGAUGUACAAGAACAGCUUCGACUGCGCCAAGAAGGUGCUCCGCUACGAGGGCUUCUUCGGCUUCUACAGAGGUCUCCUCCCGCAGCUCAUCGGCGUUGCCCCGGAGAAAGCCAUCAAACUCACGGUGAAUGAUUUUGUCAGAGACAAGUUCACCACACAGGAUGAUGCCAUCCCUCUGCCUGCUGAGAUCCUCGCGGGCGGAUGUGCUGGAGGUUCUCAGGUGAUUUUCACCAAUCCUCUGGAGAUCGUUAAGAUCCGUCUGCAGGUGGCCGGCGAGAUCACGACGGGGCCCAGGGUCAGCGCCCUGAACGUCGUGAGAGAGCUGGGCUUCUUUGGCCUCUACAAGGGAGCCAAAGCCUGCUUCCUCCGUGACAUCCCCUUCUCUGCCAUCUACUUCCCCGUUUAUGCCCACACGAAGGCGGCGCUGACGGACGAGGAGGGCAGGCUGGGGGCGCUGCAGCUGCUCACAGCUGGAGCUAUUGCAGGCGUUCCCGCUGCCUCGCUGGUGACCCCCGCCGAUGUCAUCAAGACCAGGCUACAGGUGGCGGCCCGAGCCGGCCAGACCACGUACAGCGGCGUCAUCGACUGCUUCAGGAAGAUCCUGAAGGAGGAAGGCUUCAGCGCGUUUUGGAAGGGCGCGGGAGCUCGCGUCUUCAGAUCCUCGCCGCAGUUCGGCGUGACCCUGGUGACCUACGAGCUGUUGCAGAGGUGGUUCUACGUGGACUUUGGAGGACACCGCCCUGCCGGCUCCGAGCCCGUCGCCAAACCCGCGAUGGAGGACCUCCCCUCGGUGACGGCAGACCACGUGGGCGGAUACCGUCUGGCCGCUGCGACGUUCGCCGGCGUGGAGAGGAAGUUCGGCCUCCACCUGCCAAAGUUCAAGCCUUCUGGAGCGGUGACGGUGCAGCCGGCGGAGACUCAGACCUCAUAGACGGCGCCGCACGCUCCAGCAGUAAUCUAACCUGCUUAAAGGCUUCAGUGCAUCGGAGCAGUCGCCUUACAUUGAAUGCUGCAUGAAUAUGGCUUUAUCGCGUUUUCUUUGCAUUGCUUGCACAUUUUUAUUGUACAUACUGUACUUCUUUACAGAGGGACAUAUGACACUAUGGGUGAUUGUUAAAGCUUUUUUCUAGUGUGCAAUAGCUUUGGCGUGCAUGUGUCACAGUGACAUUUCAAAGACACAAGGAUGUACAGAUGUUUUCAAAAGUGUUUAUUUUGAAAUCAUGACCCGGGAUGCUGGAAAUUAUUUAAGUGUAUUUAUUGUAUUUUAUUGAAAUAAAACACUUAAAUCAUU